GGACCACGGCAAUAUCCGUUGUUCCUUCGAAACUGCUACUUGCGCGCUGCUGUUAAGCGCGCCUGAUUGUGUUGUGAAUUGCCAUUCAAUUGCGCAUUAGGAUUGGUCGGUUGGUUAUGGCGUAAACCGACGGCGGUUUCUCGGUUGUGCGGACGACGAAAAUGUGCGGAAACCAGUGCACCUGUUCGACAGAUUUUUUCUAAUUCAGGCCAAGGACGUGCAAGCACAGAGCCGGCGCAAAAGCUUUAGCCGCAGACGGGAAACAUGGAUGCUGCCCGUUUGAGGACUCCAAGCAGGAAGACAAUUGCUCGAAGGCUGUGUAGCACGCCAAUUAGGACAAGUGAUGCUGCGGACAAUGAAGUGGCCGAUGGUGACGUCUCUUCAUUUCUUUCGACCUUGGACGAUUUUGUAGAGCAAUGCGAUAGUUUCCUUCCUGCAUGCCCACAAGUCCCAUCUGAAAGCGAUGCUGCUGGCAGUACAAGCAGCUUUCACGGAUUUUUUAUCGAGGACAGUGAAGGACCAAGUUUACCAGAGCGUGCAAGUACUACUUGGCACGGUCGCUGUUUAGAAGACAACAGGGCGGACUCUGUCGAAGAUGCUGAUGAAGCUCAAACCCUUAGUAUUGCAUACUGCAGUAGUGAAUAUCAGUGCAUAGAAACAACCCAAUCAGAACAAUAUCCAUCAGUUUCUGAGCAUUCAGCAUGUUCUUCAGCUAGGACUUGUCACAGGGAACCGGACUUUGUUGGUAGUUCACAAAACAGUCACUACUACCACAAUGGGGAACAUUCUCAGGGCUGUAAAAAAGAUAAGCUUGAGGGCGCAAACCUGGAACACAGUGCUAGUUGUACAAUCCUGGAGGAACCAAAUAGGGAAAAUUCCAAGUCCACAUCAAAAAAUGAGCAUUUUCAUUCACAUUCAUUUCAACCAGGGAACACAUAUGUCUCUACGAAAUGUAGAGGGAAAACAGAAGGGAACCAUUACAAGCAGCAUGAUCAAAGCUUUCAUAGCAACUGUGAAAAUGUUGAGCAUUCUGCAAAUGAAGGAUGCAGACAGGAGCCUAGAGCAGGCAGAGUGAGCCGUCUGAACUGUGCUCGGAUAGAAGGUGCCUUCAAAACCGGAGAGUGUCCUGAGACUCCUCGUGGGAAGAAAGGGGGCCAGCAUUAUGGCCACUUAAAUAGCAGCUGUGAAAUGCAUAAUGCUAUCAAUUGCUCCUGCACACAUUUCCAAGAAAAGCUAGAGGAGCAGCAAUUUGAGCAACACAUGGAAAGCUUUAAUAAAAGCUGUGUCAUGGAGGAUGCUUCGGCAUUUAAGGAAUAUAAGGAUGAGCCAUUGGAUGCAGAGGCUAAGCAAUGUGAAGAUAGCUCUGAUGACAGCUGUAUCAUAGUAUAUGCCUCUACACUUAAGAAAUAUGAAGUAGAAGAGGUACAAGCUCAGCAAUAUGUAGAAAGCCAAGAUAGCGGUGGUAUCAUGGUGGAUGGUUUGGCACUUAAGGAAUAUAAGGUGGAACUAUUGGACGUAGAGCCUGCACAAUAUGUAGAGAGCUCUGAUGACAGCUGUAUCAUGGUGGAUGCCUCUACAUUUAAGAAGUAUGAUGAAGUGGAAGAGGUAGAAGCUAAACAUUAUGUAGGAAGCUGCGAUGGCAAUCGUGUCAUGAAUGAUGCUUUUACAUUUAGAAAUGAUAAACCAAGGGAGGCAGGCGUAGUAUAUCCAGAGAGCUUGUGUCAUGUCCACCAGAGGAAAGGUAGCUUAGUAACACACCAUGAGAAUGAAUCAAAUGAAUGUGGUGUGCAUUGCAGCACUAAUUGUUCUUUUCAGGGAGUUUUUGCAUCUGAUCAGAAACAAGUGUAUGAAUGUGAGGCACAGUGUAGCAGUGCUUAUAGUUCGAGCUCUUGCCCCCAUCAUGCAAACUCUGUUGUCAGUGUCUCUGUACCUGUCCACCAGACACUUUCAGCAGGAUGCAAAACACCAUUUGACAUCUGUUACAAAUCCUGUACUGGGAAUAAACAGGUGCCAUGUGUCACACCUCACAAACAAAAUGAGCUGGAGACUAUUGAACUGUUAGAGGAUACUACUUCAAAUAACUUUAGCAAUUUUUUGCCUUCAGAAGUAGCUAGUGACAGGGAUCUCUCUCCAGCAAAUCGCAAUGCACAUGUGAAAACUGAGCAUUGCAGCUCAAUUCGGAAUCUUGCAGCCUCAAGCAUUAGUAACGCUAGCAAUGUGAUUUUGAAGCCACAGUUGGGAAGGAAUGCCAGUGCUAACAGCCCUGCUUACUUUACAGACAUUAUGCAAUCUGUCCCAAAUAUGUGUGACAGAAGUUCAUUAUGCCAUGAGGACAUGGGGCAGAUAUUACCAGGGUUUAAGGGGGCAAAUGACAAACCUGUUACUGGUUUGUCAGCUCCUAGUGAUGAUCAUGCAGGUCCUUCCAGUUAUAUUGAGCACAAGCCUGAAGACAACAUAAUUGAGAGUAGCACUGAUGCCAGUGAAAAAGUGGCAAUUCUUGUUGUUGCGGGACAUAAAGAUCACCACAAUGAGACUGACAUUGUUCAUGCUGUAGACAAGGAAUGUAAAGGAACUUCAAUGGCCAUUAGUCCCAGCUCAAAACCUGUUCCUCUUCUGGAUGCAUGUCUGCAGUUGGACCAUAUCUGUGAUAGAACUGACAUUUUUGACACUGCAUUGGUAGCAGCAGCUGACAGGAAUGUUGCAUCAAGUACACAAAGAUGCACCAAGGAUGGCAUCAGACCUCCAUCACCGUCCUGCUCAGUUGCAUCUGGAGAUGUUCUAGACCUAGCAGUUGAAACUGAUGAUGAAGCCUUCAUUGCUGAAGUACAGUCACCUAUUGCUUCAUCAAAAUCUACAGAACACUGCCAACCAACUUUGCAGAUUGCAAAUGUCAUGGCCUCGACACAUGAGGUACCAGCACAACCGUCUAUUUCAAUGCCAGAGUGCAAGCCUUCCCAGGAGCUUCCGAAUUCUACUGACACCAGAAGCCUUGCCGGAAUCGAACCUGUAGCCCCACUGUUGGUACAUACACUAAGCAAGGAUGUGAUGUACGUCCCUGAUGAUUUGGACAUGCGUGAGAAAAUAAACACUAUUAGACGUCACCAAGGGCGGCAUUUCGAGCCACCACACCAGCCUGAAGACCUUUGUGCUCAUUCAAGCCACACUAUGACCACUGAUUCUCAAGGCUUGGACCUGCAGCUGCCAAGUGUCGAGGCCCCAGAGGUGAAAAACCGAGCUCCAUUCAUGAGUGAAGAUCCUGCUGAAAACAAGGACAUAGAAAAUCCUGAAUGGGAAGCUGUUCGUCGCCUUAGCACAGAUGAAGAACGAUACCAGGCCGUCCACAAGAUUUGGCAUAACACCAGGAUUCCAGACCCUCACAGGGAACUGACGACUUUCCAUUAUCGGCGACGAAUGUUAAGUCUGGGACAUGCAAAGAGCCAGCCCGCUAAGUCUAAACGCCGCAAGCGCAAGGCAUCACGCAGCUCCUCGCAUGAACACACGAAACCUGCCAAGCGCCAGCGUUUUGACACUGACAUCAUUGACCUGAAGCUAAAAGAACUCAAACGGAAAAAGGAGAAAGACGUCACAAGAGCUCAGAAAACGUUCAGGGAUGACAUCCACAAGCUCCACUCGAGUUUGUGGAGGCCAAGGGAGGAGCCGUACGCUUCACAUGACCGCGGACACUCUGACAAGCGCCACAGGAGAGCACAUACGGCGCCAUGGGACUUCCACUAUUAUCAGUCACAAGAAAUGAGGAUCUGCGAAGAGUACAGAGCCAACGAAGAGAGCAUCUACAACGAGUACAGGGCCAGGGAGUACAAACUGCUGAACGCUAGAGACGAAGUUCGGCGCGUCGACGCUUUCUACGCUGGCCUGAGGGACAGCGACCCGCGACUACUGUCAGAGGAACAAGUUAAAGAACACUUAAAGCUGGAGGAGACGCUGGGAUGUUUCAAAAAGGCUUACAGGACACCGAGGGAAUGACUGCCGAUGUGCGCGUGUGCUUUCGGAACUUUUGAGUUACGUGGUGCAGUCGGUCGCUGACUGUGCAAGGGUGUGUGAAACUGCUUCUAGUACACUCUAACAUUGUGACAGCCAGAGGCUUAGCACGUUUUAUUUUUCUUACGAAGUCUCUCUCUCUCUCUUUGCGUUCUCUUUACGUAAAAUAAAGCAUCAAAUCAACAAUG